AUGGAGUCGUCAGCGGUACAGGGCGCAGAUAAUGUUUCCGUGAAGGCUGAGCCCUGUGAGGAUGUGUGUAUAAAAGAUGAGCCUACGUUCGAGACAGUGCUUGUGAAAACUGAGCCGGACUUGGUCUAUGUGAAUGUACAAGACGAGCCCAGCUGCGAGAACGUGUCCACAAAAGCCGAGCCUUCGUGCACAUAUGUGUCUGUAAAAAUCGAGCCACUCGACCUUAGCGCCGACCACGCCGUGAAAGAUGAGCCCGUGCUCGGCCCCGAGCUAGUGGAGCACUACGUACAAACAGGGCUAACUCCACAGAAGAAACCGAGCGGCAACACCGAAACUUACCAACAUUUGAGCAAAGAUACUAAUGUGAAGCGAUACAGAUGUGGCCAUAAACCAGGUAUUUUGAAUGUUCAUAUAAGGAAACAUUCUGCUGAAAAGGCUUACAAAUGCGGGCAAUGUAGUUAUGCUACUGCCUACAGAUAUAAUUUGCAAGCACAUGCUAUUAAGCACACUGAUGAGAAACCUUACAAGUGCGAGCAGUCCAGUAUAAAAGGUUUAGCGACGCUCGGCCGCCGCGGCGCCGGACAGGGGCAGUCCAGAGGGCGCACGGAGGCCGACGCCAAAAAGGCUGGUAGACUCACAAAAUAG